AUGUUCGACGCCUAUCGGAAUCUUGUCGAUUUUGCGGUUGAUUACCAACAGAAGAGAACAGGGGUGCCAACUGACUCAAUGGUUGCCCAGAUCGCGAAUUGGGACCCCGGUUUUGACCUGCAGCAAGCUACGAAAGAAGACAUGCUGAAAUGGCGUCGAGCAUACACGAUCAAAUGGCUGUAUGACCUGGUCAACAUCUAUUCAAGCCCCGUCGUCAAGCGUGGUCAUGGAGAGCAACAAGACCUCGAAAACAUCGACUGGUCCCCCAAGAACGAGGAGCUCCUCCAAAAUGCGAUUCUUGGCUUGCAAGAGUUUGGGGGCAUCGUUACCUCGCUCGCAAUGCAAAGGCCUGGCACGCGUAUUUCGGAACGAAUCCUACCUCACGAGGUCUUUUUCCUGCAAUGCAUCGUCGAUGCCUUCACCGUAUCGCGCGGCUGGUCCAUCAAAAUGUUGAAAGGACAUGUUCUCAUGGCCCCACCACAGAGUUUUGACCCGACGAGAGAGAUCGAGCUGUUCUUGGAUCGCCAAAAUGAGAGAGGCAACUCCGGGUGUUUGCCGUCUCUUCGUAUUCUGGUGAAGCUUCUCGAGGCCGACGAAGAAGUGCACGAAGCACCAGGCUACCAUCAAAUUUGGCUCCAUUCUAUAAAAGUAUUCCAUGACGGUUGGAGCUGCCUUGGCAGAUCAACCCACUUGCAUGCCAAUUACGUGUUUCCGAAGUCCUGUUUCUCCGAGACUAAUAUCGAUGGUCUUUGGGAGCUGUCUCCUUUCCUGUGUGCCGUAGGACUUACGGACAGUGUCGAAUUGGCAUUUCGAUAUUCUAUGGCUUUGUGGGACUCUCUGGCCAUUAUCACAACGAUGAUCCAUCUAUACAACAUGCUUGUGGAAAAGAGGUAUCUCACAAUGCCGAACCAGCUUUACCACAGUCUACAAAAUACAUUCAGUGACAGCAUUUUCCCCAACGGCGAAAUACCAACGUACAACUUUGGCCCGGUCCUCUCAAGACAACUGCAUGAUAUGUGGGCCCCGGGGAAGCAAGCGCAGAAACAGGCACGGCGCGACGUCGCCAAGACCCAGCGGGGUUUCUAUGCCGCGCUGGACCUAGACCUGAAUUUGGGCUUCAGGAAGAAGUCGAACCUGAUACUUUACCGGGACGCAAAGUGGAACAUUGAAAGCAUCCCGGACCAUGAAAUCGAGCCACGAUCUUCGCUGGGGAUGCUACGUAUAUCUCAGACGAAGCAAGUCUUCAACUCCCAAACUGGAAAGAAAACCCUUAGAGAAACGGACCUGGUCCGCCGCGCCAAAGUAGAGCUUAAAGUAGAUGAUGACGCACUCUUGAACAUGGCGAAUGCACAGAGAAGCGCCGAGCCAGCCAGUCACUCAGGCCCCCAACUAAACGGAGAACAGCUCCUGAGGCUGGUCAAGAAGGACAUAUACAACGACGUCUGUGGAGAUUCGCCCUCAUCGGGCAUCAACUACUUUUGGAUUACCAUUCAGAUCAUGUUUCUCUACAUGGAGUUCGAGAGGCGACUGGGCGGUUUACGGAAUCCGUUAUACACGGAGAUGUUCAGAGCUGGCCAGCCGGACAAGAGAGUGCGUUUUAUAGUUCGGGUCUUGAAUCUUCGAGAUGAAGAGUGUCUCCAGGCCAUGGCUGGGGCAUUCCAAAACUCGAGGGCUUCUUUGAAGGACUUCACCUACUGGGAGGACAUGGGCAGGGCAGCGGAUAUGCCAAACAGAGGCUCCGAGGAUGAGUCGACUGGCGGCCAAUGCUCGCUCAUGUGA